CGAAAGCGUUUUAGGAGCGGCUCUCCGUCGCGCAAGGCCGCCGCGCGCUAGGCCAGCCUUCCGACUGACUGCAUUGCACGGAUGAUGGACAUUUUUUUAUGUUUGAAACAACCAUCCCGGAUGGUGGACAGUAAAAGAAUGAGGAUGACUUCAAAUUUCCAGUGGAUCUUGUUAACAUUUCUUCUUCUAUAUUUAAUGAAUCAAGUAAGCAGCCAGAAAAAAAGGACUCCUCAUGAUUUGAAGUGUGUUACUAACAAUUUACAAGUGUGGGACUGUUCUUGGAGAGCCCCCUCUGGAGCAGGCCGUGGUGCUGCUUAUGAAGUUUGCAUUGAAAACGGGUUGCAUUCUUGUUAUCGAUUGGAGAAAAAUACUAAAAUCCCAGCUCUUUCACCUGGUGAUCAUGAAGUAACAAUAAAUUUUGGAAGUUCGAUAAGUAAAUUCACACUAAAUGAAAAAGAUGUUUCCUUCAUUCCAGACACUCCAGAGAUCUUGAAUUUGUCUGCUGAUUUCUCAACGUCUACAUUACACCUCAAGUGGAAUGACAAGGGUUCUGUUUUUCCACGUCACUCAAAUGUCAUCUGGGAAAUUAAAAUUCUACGUAAAAAAAAUAUGGAAAUUGUAAAAAUAAUGACCCACAACACAACUCUGAAUGGCAAAGACACAGUUCAUCACUGGAGCUGGACGUCGGACAUGCCCUUGGAGUGUGCCACUCACUAUGUGGGAAUUAGGUGCUACAUCGAUGACCCUAAGUUCUCUGGUCACAAAGAGUGGAGUAACUGGAGCCUACUGAAGAACAUUUCUUGGUCUUCUGAUUCUCAAACUAAGGUUUUUCCUCAAGACAAAGUGAUACUUGUAGGCUCGGAUAUAACAGUUUGUUGUGUGACUCAAGAAAAAGUGUUGUUAGCACUGAUUGGGAGUACAAAUUGUCCCCUUAUUCAUCUUGAUGGGGAAAAUGUUGCAAUCAAGAUCCAUAAUAUUUCUGCUUCUGAAAGUAGUGGAACAAAUGUGGUUUUCUCAGUAGAAGAUAACAUGUUUGGAACGGUUAUUUUUGCAGGAUAUCCACCUGAUAUUCCUCAAAAAUUGAACUGUGAGACAUAUGAUUUAAAAGAGAUAGUAUGCACUUGGAAUCCAGGAAGACCGACAUCCCUGGUGGGCCCACGCAAUACAAGUUACACUUUAUGUGAAAGUUUUUCAGGAAAAUGUGUUAGAUAUAAAAGAGCUGAAGUGCCCACAAAUGAAAGCUAUCAGUUAUUCUUUCAAAUGCUUUCAAAUCAAGAAAUAUACAAUUUUACAUUGAAUGCUCGUAAUCCCUUGGGUCAAUCAGAAUCAACACUUUUAGUUAAUGUAACUGAAAAAGUUCAUCCCCAUACUCCUACUUCAGUCAAAGUGAAGGAUAUUAAUUCAACAGCUGUUACACUUUCCUGGCAUUUACCAGGCAGCUUUGCAAAGAUUAAGCUGUUAUGUCAAAUUGAAAUUAAUAAAACUAACUCAGUACAUGAAUUGAGGAAUAUCACAAUGAAAGGGGUAGAAAAUUCAAGUUAUCUCAUUGCUGUGGACAAGUUAAAUCCAUAUACAAUAUAUAUUUUUCGGAUUCGUUGUUCUACUAAACCUUUCUGGAAAUGGAGCAAAUGGAGCAAUGAAAAACAGUAUUUAACCACAGAAGCCAUUCCUUCAAAGGGACCAGAUACUUGGAGAGAGUGGAGUUCUGAUGGAAAGAAUUUAAUAAUAUAUUGGAAGCCUUUAUCCAUUAAUGAAGCUAAUGGAAAAAUCCUUUCUUAUAAUGUAUCAUGUUCAUCAGAUGAGGAAACACAGUCCCUUUCUGAGAUUCUUGAUCCUCAACACAAGGCAGAAAUACAGCUUGACAAAAAUGACUACAUCAUCAGUGUGGUGGCAAAAAAUUCUGUUGGCUCAUCGCCACCUUCUAAAAUAGCUAGUAUGGAAAUUCCAAACGAUGAUCUCAAAAUAGAGCAGGCUGUUGGAAUGGGAAAUGGGAUUCUCCUCACUUGGAAUUACGACCCCAACAUGACUUGCGACUAUGUAAUUAAAUGGUGUAACUCAUCUCGGUCUGAACCCUGCCUCAUGGACUGGAAAAAAGUGCCUUCAAAUAGCACUGAAACUGUAAUAGAAUCUGAUCAGUUUCGACCAGGCGUAAGAUACAAUUUUUUCCUGUAUGGAUGCAGAAAUCAAGGAUAUCAAUUAUUACGUUCUAUAAUUGGAUAUGUAGAAGAAUUGGCUCCAACUGUUGCACCAAAUUUUACUGUUGAGGAUACAUCUGCAGAUUCGAUAUUAGUGAGAUGGGAAGAUAUUCCUGUGGAAGAGCUUAGAGGCUUUUUAAGAGGAUAUUUAUUUUACUUUGAAAAAGGAGAAAGAGACACAUCUAAGAUGAGGGGUUUGGAAUCAGGUCGUUCUGACAUAAAGGUUAAGAAUAUUACUGACAUAUCCCAGAAGACACUGAGAAUUGUUGAUCUGCAAGGUAAAACCAGUUACCACUUGGUCUUGCGAGCCUAUACGGAUGGAGGAAUGGGCCCAGAGAAGAGCAUGUUUGUGGUGACAAAGGAAAAUUCUGUGGGAUUAAUUAUCGCCAUUCUCAUCCCAGUGGCGGUGGCUGUCAUUGUUGGAGUGGUAACGAGUAUCCUUUGCUAUCGGAAACGAGAAUGGAUUAAAGAAACCUUCUACCCUGAUAUUCCAAAUCCAGAAAAUUGUAAAGCUUUACAGUUUCAAAAGAGUGUCUGUGAGGGAAGCAGUGCUCUUAAAACAUUGGAAAUGAAUCCUUGUACCCCAAAUAAUGUCGAGGUUCUGGAAACGAGAUCCAUGGUUCCUAAAACAGAAGAUACAGAAAUAAUUUCUCCAGUAGCUGAGCGUCCGGAAGAUAGCUCUGAUGUGGAACCCGAAAACCAUGUGGUUGUAUCCUAUUGUCCACCGGUCAUUGAGGAAGAGAUAGCCAACCCCGGAGCCGAUGAAGCCGGAGGGGCCUCACAAGUCAUUUAUAUUGACAUCCAGUCCAUGUAUCAGCCUCAGGCAAAGCCAGAGGAAGAACCAGAAAAUGACCUUGUUGGGGGGGCAGGCUAUAAGCCACAGAUGCACCUCCCCGUUACUUCUACUGUGGAAGAUCUAGCUGCAGAGGACGACUUAGAUAAAACUGCAGGUUACCGACCUCAGGCGAAUGUAAAUACUUGGAACUUAGUAUCUCCAGACUCACCUAGGUCCACAGACAGCAACAGUGAGAUUGUCUCUUUUGGAAGUCCAUGCUCCACUAACUCCCGACAAUUUCUGAUUCCUCCUAAAGAUGAAGAGUCGCCUAAGUCCAGUGGAGGAGGGUGGUCCUUCACAAACUUUUUUCAGAACAAACCAAACGAUUAACAGUGUCCUGUUUCCGCCUCCCCCACCCAUCACUUCAGUCUGCCAUCUCAUUAAGCUCUCGUCAGCACUGGGCGUCUGGGAGGGAUCCUGUGAAGUAUUGAGGUGGACUUCACUCGCGCAAGUUACACUGCAAGUGUUAAUGUGCUUUUAAUGCUUUAGUCUAAAAGCCAAAGUACAGUAACUCAGAAAUUCAGUCCACACAUCUCAUGAUUUGGAGCUUAUUUUUGAUUCAAGGCAAAAAAUUCUCCCGUCGAUCUACCUUCAAGAAGCAUUCAGUAAUGAAUACUGCCCAGUCCAUACCUGUGAAACAAAUCCCGCAGUAACUAUAUUCUGUUCUGUUGUCCACCGUCAGGUUUUCUCAUGCAUAUACUUUAUGGAAUUGCAAGCAGAUUUGCAGGCAAGGGCGAAAAAUAUCAGAGAAACAAUGAUGUUUAUUUGGCCUUUGCUCCAUUCUAGAUGAAAACCAAACAAAAAUUUCAAAGUUUUGACAUUAUUCUCUGUCCCUGCAACAUUUAAGAAAGUUGGUAUAAUUUUUAAUGUAGUAACAGCUAUUUAGUGUUUUGUUUGAUAAAGUAUACUGAUUUCUGUGCCUACUGUAUAAUGGUUAGCAAACAGUUUUCUCAGGGGUACAAACUUGGAAAACGAGUGUGACACUGACCAGCCCAAAUCAGAAUCAUGCUUUCUUCCUUUGGUAGCUUUUUCAAACCGUUUCAUUACUUUUUAGCUUUUAUGCUAGCUUCCCUAAUUAGGUUGCCCUAAUAUUUAAAACUUAAACUUCUAAGACUAUCGAUCUUAAGUUUUUAAGAAAUUUUUUCAGUGACACAGUGUCAAUUUAAUAAAUAUAUGAAGAAACUAAAUAUUAUUCAUAAACAUAUAUAAUCCCAGUGACUUACUAUUUGAGACAACUACUAAGCAAUAUCUGGCAGCAUUAGCUGUCUCUGUAGUUCUGAUUGGCUUCAGGUCCUCCUGAGAAGACUGCACUCUGAGCCCCGGCUGCCCAGGCAGUGACGAUCUUUGACACUUCAUAGUAGGUGUUCCUGUGCAUCUUAGCAGUUCCUCCCUCUUAAAUGAUCAUCCGUCCAGACUAUUUGAUUCAGUCCUCACAUUUUUAAAUAUAAAACUGAAAAGAUAAUGCUUCUUAUGGGGACAGAUACUCAAGGGCUAUUUUAUAUGAAGUGUCAUGAAACUGAUUUGAAGCGAUGGGCGUACCUGUAUUCAAGGUGCAGCAGUUGCUUUGGGAGCUGUCCAGAGUUGUGUCUUCACAGCAUCCUCUGCUACCCCUGGUUUUCAUAAGCGAUGUCUAGAAUGAAUGUGGUUCUUGGAAAAGCAGAAUGAAAAACUCUAAAGUGUAUCUUACAUUUUCUCUGCCCUCGGGUUGUCUAUGUAUUUCGUCCUUUAAGAGGUAAGGCAAAAGUAACGUGAAAAUUUGAAAGAUCUGAAUAAGUCAAGCUACGCCUUUCUUAAUUGUCUGAGUUUCUGUAAUGUGUUUGCACAUAAUGGAUUGGGUUUUUUUUCCUAGUUCAUAAUGUAUCAUUAUAAAAACCAUGUUGUGGAAAAAAGCCACAACAAGGAUGAAAAAGGACAGAAAUCUAUUUAGGUACUCUCUCAGUGAAUCCUGAUUUCUAAUUGCUAGGUUUCAGCUAAAUUCCUGAGCUUCCUGAUGUAUGGACAUGGAGAGUGAAAUACAAUCAAUUAUGUGUACACACAGUGUAGUAGAACUACAUCAUAGCUCAUAGACAUCUUCAACAGUGAAAACCGUAUCAAACCAGAGCCACCUCUAGACAGUUCCCAGAUGCUGAGACCUGGGGCUGUCUUCUCUCCCUGCCAAAGUUUGUCAUGACCACACCCCUCUCACCCCAACUUGUGCCUUUCUCCCCAUCAAAACUCACUGGUCCUGUACUUCAUCUCUUUAGGAUAAGUGUUGGCUAAGGUAGCGUUUAUUGAUCUAAACUCCACCACCUUGAGAUAAUAAGAGGCCAGAAGAGAUUGUUUGAUCUCUGUUAUGAAUGCAUGUGCAUUUCAACUGUGACCAUCUGGAUCCAGUGCCCUGUCUAACCUGUACAACUCAUUUGUUUGGCUGAUGGUGAAUAUCACCGGGGCUCUUUGGUCCUUUCACUCCGUCCAAGACUUCACCACUUUUUCUUUAUGGAAAAGAUUCAGAGUGCAGCUCCCCUGUCCCUUGCCUCUGGAGAUCGGUCCACAGGGAUCAGUAGGUUAAUGAGAAACAGAACUGCUCUAUUAGUCGGGGCAGGCUCCUUAUAACCUGUAGCAUAUUUGAAAAAUGUGGUUUAAGUCUGAGGUCAGAACAGAUUUCCUUGUGUUUUCCCAUUGAAUUGAAGACAGCCAGACCUACUGUGUAGAUGGGAAGUUAUUACCUCCCCAGCCCCCACUCCACCUGGGCACAGGGGGACAGGGAGAGAGGAGGGGGCAGGGGAGAGAGAAAACACCCUCUGUCCCAUAUCCGGUCCAUAUUGUGGCCCUGGAGACCCUGAUAAAUGUGCACUGUUUGUCAGUAGUGGGACCAUGUGCACCUGUGAAAAGAAGGCUUGCUCUGUCCAGUCAGAUUAGCAUCUCUUCCCAGGGGAGGGCUAACUAAACUGCUUAGAAGAGUUGGGGGUGGAGGGGGCUUUAAGUAUUUCCUCCAGCCCUUCCUAACUGGGAAAAUAAUUGGGAAACCCCUCUUUUUCUGCUAAAACCCAAUCAUUGGUUAGAAAAUUCUAAAUGUCUGAACUAGCAUCAUAUCCCAUUAUGUCUGUUGAAUGGUACUGUGUAAAGGACAUGUUUUCACAUCUCUUAAAGCCAGUUCACUCAUCAGCCAUUUCAAAUCAAUCUUCCCUUCUGAGGAAUGGGGAUUCUGGUGGUCAUUGUGACUGCAUUUCUCUUGUGAGUGGCCAUCUUAAGUAAACAGUAUUUAAUAUGAAAAUAUUCUUGGAAGACUUAGCUAGGCUUUUGACAUUAGAUAGACCUCGUAGAUUAUGUAUUGCAUGGAUUGGCACCCAUAUGCGAUGGAAGUCUUCAGUGUGCUGACCCUGUAGAAGCCUGGGCCCCCGUAUCAGGAUAGUUGAGUCAUGUGUUUACGUGCUUAGAUGGUAGAGGUGCUUUGUUCCCGCAGCUUAGACACAGAAGCAGCCAUUCAUGGAAAAGUUUAAGGGCAGAAGUAUCAACCUCAUUUUCCAUACCAGCAUUGCUUUCACGGCUCAUGGAUCUGAAGGAUUGCAUUUAGAACAUCUAGUCCUGUUGCACUUUCGGAAACUGUGGUAAAAGUCACAUUCUUAAAACUUCAUGCAACUUGUAUUCUUGUUGGAAAUUAAUCCUGUGAAUUCUCAAUUGCCUUUAUGCCGUCCAUAUUUAAAGAACAUGACAGUCCUUUCUAUGUUUGAAUAAUUACAUGUAGUUUAGUUAAGGAUACUAGGGAACAUUUUCUUCCAAAAGGAAUUUGGAGUUGGUUUUAUGGUAUUUAGAAAUUAAAGUACUCCUUUACAUGUCAAUAUGCAGAAAAUGUUAUCUCACAUUUUUCUACUGUUCAGGCACAUAAUCUGAUAAAACUUUUUUUCCUAUUUACUCAAGUAAUUUUUGCUGUUUUCUGUUUUGAACCAUGUUGAAAUGUGGAUAUCUUUUAUAAAAUGCCUUGUUUUCUUCUUUUGAAAGUAUAAAAUUGGACAUAUCAAAAGUCAAAUGUGGGAUCAUUAGCUAAUUACAAAGACUAGGCACAUUGUGGACGGUCAGUCAGUGUCUUAGUGACAGAGUUUUCCUGAAAGGUGGUACACAUUUACAUCUAGCUUGUGUAGAUCUGAGACUGUUGGCUGGAAGGUUCAACUCUACUGUAGAAGCGACUCCACAGUGUGAGUGAAAACUUAGAAAAGACUCAUGCAAAAGUACCACUAGGUAUCUUACUCCAACCUAAUUUUAAGUGUUCACAGUAUCUUUUUAUUUGAUGGGUACACACUUGGGACAUAUUUGUACCAACCCAUAUGUGUUCCAACAACACAUUGAUGUGUGAGCUUAAUGGAUUAGUACAGACAGUCCUGUUCUUGAUAAACUAUUUAUUUCAAACUGGCAUUUCCUGCUGAAACAAAGUUUCUUGGUACCAUGCCCAUCUUAUUUUUCAUACCCAGAAGAAAAUCUUUCACAGAAGAAAAUGAUUUGUGGCUAAACUUCCUGGAAAUGCAUCUUAUAGACAUGACCUUCGGGUAGCAUUGGGAAUGAUUGUUUUGAAUUUGAUCUAUUUAUACCUUCAUGGAUUGUGUACCAGGGCUGUUAAUAUUUAAACUUCUUGUUUCGAUAAGGUGGUAAGAUUUUUUAUUCUUUUUCAAUUAAUACUUUUUUCUUAACUAUUACAUGAUGAUAUUCAUGCUAAUUAUAAUACAGGUGAACUAUUUUCAAUGUUGUUAAUGGGAGAUUAAGGACAACAAUCAGCUAAUUGAUAUAUCCGGCCUUAUUGUGCAUGGUAAAAUUUCAGGGAAUGUGAUUUGAAUAUAUCCAAACCCUUACAAUUAUGAUCUUGAGUUAUGACAGGAUUCUGUAAUUUUUAACCAUGAGUGGUACUUGUUUUCUCCCCAUAUUAAGAAUGUUAAUAUUUUGGAUUAUAAGUGUCCAUGUUACAAAGAGAAUUUGCCUGUGCAAGACAAAUUCUAACUGUGCAACAUUUUUAUGAAAAUUGAAAAUAGUCUUUUAAGAGGGAUACCCUCUGAAUAUUUUUAUGUGCAGCUGCCUAGCUGAAGAACCAUAGAAACAAUAAAUUCAAAAGCUCUUAAAUAAGUAAACUGUAACUGAUUGAACAUUAACCAAAUACAAAACAGUAGUAACUUAUAUUCCUUUUUGGUUGCUAUAACUGAAUACCCUGAAAACCUAGAGAUGUGAAUGAGGGGGAGAUGUUUAAUUGACAAGGAAACUGAUUUUUAUUACAUUUUCAUUUAUCUUCUAAGAUAGCCUUUGCGGUAGCCAAUGAGAACUUUAAAGCAAAUAAACAAAACUAACAACAUAGGCCUUAUGCUGCACUGAAGCCAAAAAUACUUUGUAUACCUAAUUGAAUGGCUCACUGAAAUGUGCUGAAUUUCUUUACACAUUUAAAAUGUACUUUCCUUUAGACAUACUCAUUUUAAAUAGGUGACUUUCGGUUUCUGAACUUACUUUUUUUCCUAAGCGUUCCAGUGGUAUAUUAUAAAAGAUCAAAAGAUUUCUAGGUGGUAAUACAGUUUUCAUUAAAAUAUGGACAAGUUAACUGUUAGGUUUAACCUUAGGAUCAAUAUUUUUGUAGUUGAUCAUAGGAAACAAUACUGAAUAAUGAUUUUCAUAAAAAAAUUUUUUUCAAAUACUCUGUUUCCAGUUUGAUUUCCAAUACUUUUCUCCAUUAUUUAUGAUAUAUCUUUCUGUUUAAUUUUUUCCUUCCAACAUAAUGUUUUGGGAAAAUGUGACUACGUUAUGACUACAUCACAAAAAGAAACCCUAUUCCGUUCACUGUUGUGAACUUGUUUUAUCCAAUUAUUUUGUCCAAAAGGAGCAAGGCUUUUUCUUAAAUACAUUUCAAUUCAGAAUUGCUUGAAAAAGAUUGGCCUGGAUAGAAAGACAUCCUGAAUUUGAGAUGGUGCCACCUUCAAUGUAUGUUCAAAGGUAAAGUCAUUUUAAAACCCUCAACUUUCUUUCGUAGUAGGAAUGUGUUAUCUUUUCUUCUCUUUCAUCAGCUGGCCACAACUCAGAAGUCCUUAUAAUGCUAGGAAAUUAUCAUUUUUUACUUUCAAAAUUGCAUUAUAGUGAAUUACUGUUUACAAAAUACACAUACUGUGAACAGAUACAAGUUUUUGUCUUUUAUAAGGUUGUUUGUAGAAUGAGUGUUUUUUUAAAGGGAUGUUAUAUGUUCAAUAUUUUCAGUUUUUUAUAAAUACUAGUAACUGUUUACUAAUUUUCGUUUGGUCAGGUGUGUGCAGAUGUAGCUGAAAGAUAGGGAGAAACUGCAGAUCCAAAACUGUUUCCUUUUUCAUUUCUUGAAAUGUUACCACUACAGACUUAAAAAAACCCAAAAAACCUGAAUGAUCAGCUGUGAUGUUCUAUACCUAAACUCAUGCUUAAUCAUAUCAGGAAACAUUUAAAUAUACACAUACAGGAAGUAAAUUAUAGAUUGCAGUAUAUUUGUCUGAUUCAGUCUGAUUCACAGAAUUCUGAGUUUAAUGUGGAAUAAAACAACUCCAUUUACAGAGAUGACAGCUGAAGUAUUUUCUGCCUUGUGAAAAUUUGGAGAUUAUGUUGCUGUUAGAAGGGAAAAUUUGGACAUUUUAUAUCAUUGUAUAAUUUCAGAAUUUAGUUUCCAUAUCUUUUGGGAAACAUGGUUAUAGCAAGAACAUAGACUAUAAGUAACCUAUUACUAAGACACCUUAAAUGUAAAACUAGUAUGCUCGGCUGUUAACUCUGAAGAUGUUACUUAUGUUUGUUUUUAAAACAUGCAUGUAUUUAACAGUUUUAUCAUAGUAUUGUCAUGGAAAAAAAUAAAAUAUAUUUUCUUACAACUUAA